AUGACCUCACGGUACAAGUAUUUGGCAACAUAUUGUCUUAGUCCACCUCGCUUCAUUAAGCUUCAAGAGAUAGAUGAUGAAGCAUUUGGUAGAGGUUACUUGAGACAGGCUAACACAGCUCUCAUGAAUAAUACAUGGCGGCUGACAGUACCUCCGGAUGCAACCAACGACCCGGACACCAGCGAUCCUUUGAGUGGUCUGUGUCGCUUGGGUAUGCUGGACCUUCUCGGCCAUAAUGAAGAAGAGGAAAUAGUGCUUGUCAUCACGAUGACUAGGAACCUCAAGAUGGCCAGACCAUUUAUUAAUGGUGGGAGAAAAAUGAACAGGAUGAAAACAGAAUAUUUAGUCGUCAAGACAGCCAAAGUAAAACAAAUUUCGGAGGAAGCCGCAAAGUCAUGCGAAGGAUUUUUAGAAAUAAAGCUACCUGAAAAGAAUGUAACUGUCAAGGUCCCUCUCAAUUCCUUUUGCGAAGGUCGUAAAGAAGGGAAGAAAGCGAUGGUCGAAAUUUGGAAAUCGAUUCCCGACAAACCAAAACAAGUUUCGUCUUUUCUUGACAAAGGCCUGAGCGAUCAAACGAACCCUCGAAUAAGAACAGCCGUUUAUUCGUUUUUGUUGAGCGAAUCGAUUGGAGACAGCAUCAUGUCAGCGGUGAUAGCAAAAGUGUACUACCAAUACAAAUGGGGACUUUCUACCAAAAUCUUGAAAUGGAAAGAGAAAACACUUCAGGAUCGUCGUGAUAAAGAUCGGGGCCAACAAUCGGAAAGGGAAAUGGCCGAUGAAAUAGUCGGCCAAAUUGACGAACUUCUAAAAGGAAGGGCAGAGGAAGAACAAUCUGGCUUUAUCGAACUCUGCAAACCCCUCUUGUCAAGAAGCGACCUGAUGUUCCUCCAUAAUCUUAUCAAGGAAGAACUCCCACAGACAUACAAUGCACUAGAGGAGAUUCAAAGGAGAAAAGACCAAGGUGCAAAGAAGAAGAGAGAUGUUGACAAAUUUCGCAUUAUCUUUGAUUUCAUCGUGGACGAAUAG